UUUAUUUUAAAGGAUAUUAAUUGUGAACCACAAGAGGGCUGUUAAAUCAAUAGUUAUUUUACCGGAAACAAUUGAAUUAGCACCAUAGACUGUUCUUGUUCUCUUGUUUUUUCGUUUGUGGCAACCACGUUCUGAAAGUGAGCCACAAUGCAAAUUUUUGUGAAAACCUUAACCGGUAAAACAAUCACCCUCGAGGUUGAACCAUCUGAUACUAUCGAAAAUGUGAAAGCUAAAAUUCAAGAUAAAGAAGGCAUUCCUCCAGACCAACAACGUUUAAUCUUUGCGGGUAAACAAUUAGAAGAUGGACGUACUUUAUCCGAUUACAACAUUCAGAAAGAAUCCACAUUACAUUUGGUACUUCGUUUACGUGGUGGAAUUAUUGAGCCAUCUCUUCGUCUCUUAGCUCAAAAAUACAAUUGCGACAAAAUGAUCUGCCGUAAAUGUUAUGCUCGUUUACACCCAAGAGCAACAAAUUGUAGAAAAACAAAAUGUGGACACACCAACAAUUUACGCCCCAAAAAGAAGUUGAAGUAAAUAAUAUUGUAUUUAUACAAUUUUUUGGAAUUAAUACUUUCAUUAAACCUUAAUGUAACAGAAUUUGCAAAUAUAAAUAAAUUAUAAAUGUAA